UUUUUUUUUUUUAAACUUCUAGCAGAAGUGCGGAUGUGAGUUGCAUAUUGAUACGGAACAGGCCGCCAGUUUUUUUUUUCUCAGUGUUUCUUUUAAAGCAAUGCGGGUUUAGGGGCGAUGAUCGUUUCGUGGAGCGAUGAAUCCAGAGGAGCAGACGGUUACAUGGCUCAUCUCGUUAGGAGUGCUCAGCUCGCCCAAGAAGAACAUAGCGGACCCGGAGGAGUUUCUGAAAACAUCCCUGAAGGAUGGAGUCGUCCUGUGCAAGCUCACCGAGCGCCUCAUAUCUGGCUUCACCGCCAAGUACUGCCAGGACCCGAGAACUGAAGCCGACUGCAUUUCCAACAUCAGGGAGUUUUUGAGAGGAUGCUCGUCCUUGAAAGUGGAGGGCUUUGAACCGGAGUGGCUGUACACCGGCGAGAACUUUGGCAAGGUGCUGACUACGUUGCUGGCAGUCAACUUUGCCACACAAGAUUGUGCUGCUGAGAGAUGUCCACAGUCCAGUACCCCCUCUCCUAGUCAGGCCACGACUUCACACACGCUGUCCUCGGCCAAAUCCAAAGGCUCUCUGCGCAGACAAUCGAAAUCGGUGGAAAUGUCUGAGAACGGUGGCGGUGGGCAGCUGAUGGUGAAGGCCCGCUUCAACUUCAAGCAGAACAACGAGGACGAGCUGUCGUUCAAUAAAGGCGAUGUGAUCCUUGUGACGCGGCAGGAGGAGGGAGGAUGGUGGGAGGGCACGCUCAACGGCAAGACGGGAUGGUUCCCCAGUAACUACGUCCGCGAGGUCAAACCCUGCGAAAAGCCAGUGUCUCCUAAAGGAAACCAGCUGACCAAGAACUAUUACAGUGUGGUGAGUCGCAAUUAGGCGGAACUAAUACAAAUAUUCUUUAUGUCACUUUACUUACACAGUCAUGCAGAAAAUUGUAAUUUGCUGAGCAGUGCAGACAGCGCCACCCUGUGUGGAAACCUGGAGGAGAUUCUGACCUUCCAGCAGGGACUAUGUUUGGCUUUGGAGGACUGCACCAAGGUCCCAGAGGGGCAGCAACGAGUGGCGGGCUGCUAUUUAAACCUGAUGUGUCAGAUCAAGACUUUGUACCUGGCUUACUGUUCCAGUCAUCCGUCAGCUGUGUGCAUCCUCACCGACCACAGUGAGGAACUAGACAAGUUCAUGGAGAGCCAGGGAGCCAGCGCUCCAGGAAUCCUCACGCUGACCACCAGCCUCAGUAAGCCCUUCAUGAGGCUCGACAAAUACCCUACGCUGCUGCAGGAGCUAGAGCGACAUGUGGAGGAAGCCCAUCCAGACUAUAAUGACAUUGUAAAGGCAACAGCAGCAUUUAGGAGCCUAGUGAUGCAGUGCCAGGACUUGCGGAAGCGUAAGAAUCUGGAGCUGCAGAUCUUAUCAGAGCCGGUGCGGGGCUGGGAGGGGGACAGCAUGAAGAGCCUGGGUCACGUGGCCUACAUGUCCCAGGUCCAUGUGAAGAACGGCUGCAGUGAGGAAAAAGAGGAGCGCUACCUGAUGCUUUUCCCUAAUGUGUUAGUUAUGCUGUCUGCCAGCCCCCGGAUGAGUGGCUUUAUUUAUCAGGGAAGACUGCCGCUAACGGGCACCACGGUAACGAGGCACGCAGAAGACGCAGACAACGGCCACUAUGCCUUUGACAUCACAGGAAGCAUGAUUGAUCGUAUUACAGUGUUCUGCUGUAGUGCCCAGGAGUUACAGGAAUGGCUAGAGAACCUGCAGCCCUUCACCAAAGGAGGAAGUCCUGCAGGCACAAUUUCAAAGAAUGUAGAUGGGAAGCCCCUGAGCAUGGUUGGCACCCCGACUCACCUGUCCCACCUGGGCAGCCUCAGCGCUGUCAGUCGCGGCCCCCUGGAGCCUCCGAAGAUCAGCAAACCCUGGUCUCUCAGCUGUCUGCGCCCCGCACCUCCCCUCAAGCCCUCUGCUGCACUGGGAUACAAAGAGAGGAUGUCUUAUAUCAUGAAGGACUCCAGCAAGAGCCCGCGGCCCAUGAAGAAGUUCCUGCCAGGCAACAGGAAGAAAGAGCGAAAGCCCUCCGACGACGAGGUUCAGACAAGAAAAAGCACGGCCGCUCUGGAGGAGGACGCUCAGAUACUGAGGGUGAUUGAGGCGUAUUGCACAGGAGCCAGCCUGCACCAGACCACCACAGCGGUACGGAAAGAGUGCGUCCCUCAGGUGCUCCUGCCCGAAGAGGAGAAGAUCAUCGUGGAGGAGAUGAAGAGCAACGGGCAGACGGUUAUUGAGGAAAAGAGCCUGGUUGAUGCUGUGUAUGCUUUAAAGGACGAGGUUCAUGAAUUGAAAAAGGAGAAUAAGUGGAUGAAGCAGUUUCUGGAGGAGGAGCAGAAGUCUCGCAAAGAGCUGGAGAGAGUGGUCCGAAAACUGGCCAAGCAGAAGAACGACUGUGCUUGGGAGGACGGCAGCCACUGAACACAUCCGUUCAAUCAUCCUCAUCGGUGUGUUUCUGUGCACGAAUGGGUACCUUUAUGUCAGCUUGUUUGUUUGUGGAGGGGACGGGAAGGUGUGUGUCUGUGUGUGUGUCUGCGUGUGUUUGAGUAUCUGUGUUGCGUCUUCACAUUUCAAUCACACAUAGCAGGAGUUGGACUCCCUCUCGACUACGAUACCUGGAGCUUCUUCACUUCGAGUUGUGGAGCUUGAUCUGACGUCAUGAUGAAAUCUGAUCUGUCUUCCUGAUCCAGCCUCAUGAGACGAGUCUGUGAACACGCUUCCUCCUGAAGCAGCUAAACCCAGACGUUUGGAACCUACUGCCCCGUGGCGACUGGCACUGUGAACACUCCCCAGCAAAAUGGAACAAUUUUGGACAAGGACAAAACAAGUUCUCCACUGUUACUUUUUGCUUCAGUUGGAUAGAAAAGGAGUACGAAGCCAUCGAGUCUAAUAGGUCUUCUCUUGCAUGCACUUCUGUUACCAAGGGGACAGAUUUUCUUCUCUUCGAACCACGACUUUGUCUUUGUCGUAUUUUAUUUGUCACGAGGGUACCCCCGCGGGGAAAAUAGGUUGUGUUGCGCUUUCAUGAUUGUGUGUGAUUUGCUUUUUUUUUUGUUACAUUCUCGACAUUCACGUCACACAUUUCCAGGCUGUUUUGUAGGCGUUUAAGCAAGUCAGACAGAUUAGCUUAUCAUCCUCAAUUCUGUUUCCAAAAUGCAGCUUUUUUUGUUUAAAAUCUGCAUGAAUGUACAGUGUUUCUACAGUAUGAAUUCUGCAUCAGAAAUGUGAUAAUCAAGAUAUUCAGAUAUAUAGUCCAAAGCUAUCAGGGAUGCAGCUAAUAAAAUAGGAAAAACUUAACUAUAUAUCAUUUACUAUACAAGAAUAAGCAAAUAUUGACAGAGAUGUUACCCUUGCUCUUCUUACUAAAAUAUAUUCAAGAAUCAUUUUAACGUAUUAAAUAAAUAGCCUUGCUUUAUUUUGGAUUUUUAAAAAAGGUUCUUUAUUUAUUGUUCACCCAAGCAUUUAAUUGUGGUUUUUAGCCUUAUGGCAUAUAGUUUUGCUGCCUUUACACCUGUCUACAAUACACAACAGUGAUACAUAAAGGCAGAAACAAAUCUCCUUGUUUUAGUUAAGGGAACAUAGUUUUUUUUUGAUCACAGAAGAAGAAGAAUUAAACAAUGAGCCUGCCUUGAGGAAUUAUAGGUUUUUGUUUUGCGGCCUGGCAGGUUCCUGCAGAGCUGAUGGAGACAAACUGAGGAAAUAAACAGAGAGAUUUAUUUGUCGCUGUAGAGUAGAGCUCAACUGUUCAAGUGCCUCCCGAAGGGGUCAGUAGUCUUAAAGAGAGCUAAAAGACCAGACUGGGACUAAAUGUCAUAAUUUAUACCGAAAGACGUCACAAACGGUUUGUUUUAAUAUUUAAAUAGGAAGGACUCGAGUUUAAUGGGUGUGAAAUAUAGGGGUCUAAGAAGCAAACAGGUCUUAGCGGGCUACGUAAGGUGCAGCCUCCUCAGCAGGACCCGCAGCGGUACGUUUCCUCAUGAGGUUUCGUGUGCACACACUGUCAACACUGUUAUCUGAUCUCGCUGCACUGCAGAGAAGCAGUGAAUGCAAUCGAAAUGCAAUAAGUGACUGCUUUACUGACUGACCUCUGGGUAAGUCCCAGCAUGGUUGGACAGAUUCGGAGAAAUUGCAAUAACAAUGAAUGAAUUAACCCAAUUUAUUAACCAAAAACAAAAGAGAAAAGGCUCAGACCGUGUGGUUCAACCUCCACACAGUCAGCCUGUUCAUUAUGUUGCUUUUUAUUUAAUCAAGUCUAUUGGUAUUAAUAAUUCUUGUAACUGGCCGGGUUCCUUUUUUUUUUUUUGAUUUUCCCAUCACAAGUGAUCCAACAUGUAUAAUACUGUACAAUCUCUGUUGGUAGGUGCUGUUUUUUUUUUUUUUACAUGCACCUCUUUCCAGGGACUUUCAGAGCACUGUGUAGGGUACAAGGCAGCACUGGUACAUCUGUGGAAGAGUCACUGUCUUGCUCAAGGGCUCUUCUGCAAGUUUUAAUGCUUGCUUGGAUGCUGGAGUUAAUCUGCAUUUGUUCCUCCUGUUAGGACGCCCAGUUGUCAGCCAGGAUCUCUUCAGCAUCGCCGCUGCUUCCUGUACAGAUGUGUGACUCUGUCUCAUCAUAUGUUCGCUGCUGAGAUUAACAUUAUUGCUGUUUCUGUAAAAACAGUUUUCAUUUAGCACCACAUACUGUAGUUUGCAAUUCCCAAUAGCCUCAGUGAGCACUUAAUGGUGGGAAGGGGUCGAGCUCCAGUUUCAACUUGUUUAUCUGAAAUUAUAUCUCCAGACCACUGUGUGUGUUGUUUUUGACAGACUGUUCUAUGCAAUUAUUGUUGUUGCAAGUAUUGUAAUGCUUUUUUUUUUCUAGACACCCUGUACUUUAUGUUUGGUAUGAUCAUUCUUUUAUUAAAAGUUUAAUAUAAUAAGCGGA